CACUGCAGUGACAGAUGCGUCACAGCGACAAGUCAAGGUGAAUGCCAUUUAUCUCUGGCAGGAUCGUGCCACUGUGACCCACCCAUGUGAUCUGCUUUCACUAUUAGUGAAGCAUGAGCUCCUUAAAAUCUGGCUUGCUGGAACAUCUACAGAGUUGCAAAUGACCCCCUAAGGGUUUGUGAAAGUAACAUAAGAACUGUCUCUCAGUCUAACAACUCAGUCCAGCAAAGUGACAUGAAAACUCAGUGUCAGAAAUGCAGAAAAAUAACCAAGAUCAUCUCAUGAGGCAAAGGGAAGCGAUCCGAUGCAGACUGAAGAAACUGAAUGGCAAGCAAAACGGAAUCAAAUCAAAGUCCUCUGCAAUGAGAGAAAGUAUAGUGAAGAAGUAUGAAGAGAUGCGGAGAGUUCUGGAGGAGGACUGUAGGAUCACUCUGUCCCUGCUGGAGAUGGAGGAGACGGCUGCGGUCCGAGCGCUGGACAGCCUCAUUGAGGCAAACUGGGUCCUCCUGCGAGACAUUGAGGUUCAGCUGAAUGAAGGGAUGAUGGACAGUGAAAAACAGCUUUGUGACAGGGUCACAAUGUAUGAGGACAGGAUGCUGGAAUUGCUAACAGCGACAGACCCAGGUCUCAUAAAUCUUGAUGAGGCUAAAUCAGAUCAGCUACUGGGCUUCACCAACAAUUUACUACUGUUUAUCCGCUCACAGAUCCCCAACGCUAAGAGGCUGCUGAAGAGCUAUUCCUCAGAAGUGGUCUUGGACCCUUCCACUGCCCACCCUAAGCUGAUUAUUUCUCUGAUUAUAAACUCGAAGCCUAUUAGGAUCUGGCGAUCCUAA